AAUGAAAAUUACCUUACCUGCCAUCCUUUGCAUUCGGCUGCCUGUCUCAAUCAUGCUCGAGAGAAUUCCCUCAAUAUUAUUAAAAAUUAUACUAUUUUUUUUUAUUAUUAAAAUUCUUCGGUUCCCUUCGUUGCCGCUCCAUCAAUUUUCCUUUCCCUUCACUGCCAUUUCCGUCCCCCUAGCUGUUGCUGUUAUCUUCAAUGGACAAGACGAUUAUGCCCCUCCCAUUGUCUUCCUCCAGAUUCUCCCGGCUGUCCCCAUCUCCGCCUCCCUCCUCGUUCCUGCCCCGCGCCGCCCCGCAGGCUCGCCUGCGCCGCCACCGGGACGGGCUCCCCGGCCGGCGGCCGUGGACGUGGGCUCGCCCGCGCCGCCCACAGGACAGACUUCCCCGCGAGGAGGCCGUGGCCGCGAGCUCGCCUGUGCCGGCCUCAGACGGUCUCCCUGGCCGGUGGCCGUGGCCGCGCCGCCCCCAGGACAGGCUCCCCCGCGCCUGUGCCGCCCUCCGCCCACGCCUCCGGAGCUGGAGCUUGGCUCCACCCGCGCCGGCCCUCGCCUCCGCCGCGCGCGAUGCCGAGUGGUUCAACCCCGCCGCGCACUCCUGGAGGAGGCUGGAGCGCGUCCGGGCGCCGCCGUCGGCCGCGCACGUCGUGUUCCGGGGCCGCGUGUGGUGCAUCGAGGGGAACGCCAUGAUGGAGUGGAUGGGCACCCGCCGCGGGUGGCGCGAGGUCGGGCCGUACCCGCCGGGGCUCAAGGCCGACACGGCGUGCGCCGUCUACGUCGGCGGCGGCGAGAAGGUGGUGGUCACGGGCGCCCUCGACGGGAAGGGUGUUCGACGUCAAGACCAAGCAGUGGAUCGUGGUGGGCCGGCGGCCGGAGUUCGCCGGCUUCGUCUUCUCCGUCACGUCCUCCCCGCGGGUAGCGGGCCCCGUCAUCCAUGCGCGCGUGCCGGUCCCGGCCGCUCCGUCCGCGUGCUCGUCCUCCGUCCUCAACCCCCGCGCACUCGUCGAGGUGCCGCAGACUCCAGUUCCAGCAGUUCGAUUUGGGAGGAUUUUGGAGGGACUCAGGCUGCUGCAGAGAUGAGAUGUGGGCCCGUUCUGUCAUCGGAGGAGGGGCAAGUUUGGUACUCAAAUCAAACGGCAGUGACCCUACGAGUCAGUGGGAGAGAUUUAACAGCUAUUGAACCAAGGGAUGUGAAAUUUUAUCUAGUAGCAGUGAAGAGAAUUUCGAUGGCAUUCAGGGAUCCAUAUAAAUUUCAAUGGCAUUCAGGAAAUUUACUCUUUCUUAUACAGAUUCCUCUGCGCUUCUGUUACCAGGCACAUUUCUCAAGUCGUUGGUUGGCCAAGGGAGGUAUCGGGAUAUCCCAAGGCGCAAGAGCGGCCAUGGGGUGGAGGCAGAGACUACGUCCUGGCUCAAGACUGAAGGGUUGUUCUGGCAUGGCUGCUAUGUUCCAGCCCAUUGACUACCAUGGUAACAUAAGAGAGGCGAUGGAUCGUUGAGUUGUAGCUCUGAUUAAUUUCUUUAAAGCUCAAUCCUCAACAAGCAAGGUCGUCAUCUCGAUUUUACAGUCAUCUUCUCCCUCCUCCUCCCAUCCUAUGAUCACAAGCAAACCCUGUGCAGAUUCGGGUGAUGAUAUUAUCAUCGCUCCAGGUGGAGAUUUAUUCCUCCGUGCUUUUGUUACCA